CUUUUCCUUUUUCUUUUUCUUUUUCUUUUACCUUCAUUUCUUUCCAUUUUGUUUUAUCAUAUCAUCCUCUUUUCAAUGAAGGUCAACCGAUGUUUUCUAUUUUUCUUUUGUAUCUUCAUUAGUGUUCAUUUUAUCCAAGCUGAUAUAAUAGGAGGAUUACUUGGAAUAAAUGGAUCAGAUAAAAACGAUAACCCACCAUCACCUAAUAAUGGUCCUCCUUUACCUGGAAACACACCACCAUCAUCAGCGCAACCAAGUCCACCAUCUAAUAAUGAUAAUAAUAAAUCAAAUGGAAAUAAACAGCCAUCACCCAAUCAAUCAUCACCUACCAGUCCUCCUCCUCCUUCUUCUUCCUCUUCUUCCCCUUCUUCAUCAUUACCCCUUCCUCCCCCUACAUCUCCAGUCUCUUCAUCUUCUUCGGUCAACACAGGUGAUAAUACUAAUAAUACCACUCCUCAACCCAACAAAGUCACACCUCCCGUCUCAUCUACUAGUACUGAGUCCAGUGAGAAUAAGCAUCGCCCUAGUAAUGCGGAUUCCUCUCCUCAUAGUAGCACGGGUACAAUAGCUGGUGCCGUGGUGGGUGGUCUAGUUGGUCUUGCCAUGAUUGGAGGGAUAGUGACAUGGUUUAAUCGACAGGGUGGAUGUACUAAACGACAACGUGGGGGAAGGGAUGAUGGGUUUAAACAGACUGAUGAUUACUCUAUCGAUAUUACACCUCAUUCUUCACCAUCCCCUGGUAUGCAACCAUCAACAGUUACAACAAAUCCAGGUAUGAUGGAAAUGACACCUGCAUCCCCCUUUGACUACUCUAGGCGAUUUGUGGCACCUGGAAUGAUGCCAAACGCCAAUAAUUCUAUGGCAUAUAUGGAUCAUCAACAACAAUAUGAACAGCAGUAUGAACAACAAGAUUAUCAACAGGACUAUCAACAGGAUUUUCAACACCAACAGCAACAACAGGUACAUCAUGAUCAAGGAAUGAUGAUGAUGGAUUCUGUACCAAUGCAUCAACAAGAAGGUAUUAUGACAUCGGAUGGUGGUUAUUAUUAUACUCAACAACAAUCAGAGUAUGAUGGUUACAGUACUCCCACAGUCGUAGAUGGUUCCCCUCCAUCGGUGCCUUAUUAUCAUGAUCCCUAUUAUAAACCCGGUACUGCGGGCCAAACUUAUAAACCCAAUGCAAUGUGAUUCAAUAAAAAAAAAAAUUCAAC